CUCGCCGCUGGACACCCAAGAGGCCGAGCCCCCGGAACACCCCCGGGGCGUGGCCUCCCCCACAUCCUGGCUUCUGCAAACCCCCCACCCCGGUCCCCCGUGCUCCCGACACCCCGAGAACCACGUCCUGGCCUGGAGGGGAGCUGGUCCCCUCCCUCAUUCUGCAGGAGCUCUGUUCCCGGGGACAACCCUUCUUUUCCCAACUCUUUCCAGAUCUUUCCCUCAGGACUGAGAGGACAACAGCAAAGACACAUUGGUUCUUUUCGGUUGCCUAAUUUGCUUUCGUUAUUGGGGCUCCGUUGAGACAUUAACCCGGUGUCUUUUGUCCCCCGUGGGGUGGGAGUGGGGGCAGAGAGAGCUGGCAGUGGGGUUCCAGCAGAGUCAAAUUUGACGACCUCAGGGGAAUCCUUCAUGGCCACCCAGUUACUUCAGGGUUGCUCCCAGUCCCGAAGAAACAGUUCUGGUAUAAGGAUUCUUGAUGUUUGUAGAGUAGGAGUUUCACACUCCCUCACUUGAGUUCUGUCUUGCUACAGCUUUGAUCCCAUAUUGGAACUUGUCAGGAAAAGCCAUGGCCUCAGCCACCAAGAAGGUGAAGGAGGAAGCCACGUGUGCCAUCUGCCUGUCCCUAAUGUCUGAGCCCAUGAGCAUCAGCUGUGGACACAGCUACUGCAGUCAGUGCAUCGUCAGCUUCCUUGAGAACCAAGGCCCUGUGGACGCAUCGUCCAAUACGUUCCCCUGCCCCCACUGCCGGGCUCCAUUUCGGCUGGCCAGCCUCCGGCCCAACAAGCAGCUGGGGAGUCUCAUUGAAGCCAUCAAGGAGAUGGAGCACGAGAUGUCAUGUGAGGAGCACGGAGAGCACCUCCACCUGUUCUGCGAAGACGAGAGCCAGCUCAUCUGCUGGCGCUGUGAGCGGUCACCGCGGCACAAAGGGCACCACACAGCCCUCAUCGAGGACGUGUGCCAGGACUACAAGGAGAAGCUUCAGAAUGCUGUGACAAAUUUGAGGCAACUAGAAGAGGAGUGCAUGAAACUGAAGUUGUUCACAACAAAGCAGAUAAGCGAAUGGAAUGAGAAGAUAGAGAUUGAGAAACAAAAAAUCCAGUCUGACUUUAAAAAUCUUCAGAGCUUCCUACAAGAAGAGGAGAAGUCUCAUCUCUGGAAGCUGGAGAAAGAGAAAGAGCAGACUCUGAAGAGACUGAGAGAUAAUGAGGCCACUCUGGAACAGAAGAGCCAAGAACUCAGGAGUCACAUCCUGGAACUAGAGGAGAAAUGUCAGAGCUCCGCCCAGAAGUUGCUGCAGGAUGUGAAAGAUACUUUGCGCAGGAGUUGGGCUAUGACGUUGGAGAGACCAGACGCCCACUCUCUGGAGCUUCAUGCCGUGUGCAGUGUUUCUGAGCUUUAUUUUGAUGUGAAGAAAAUGUUAAGGAGCUAUCAAGUCAAUGUGACUCUGGAUCCAGAUACAGCUCAUCGGGAGCUCAUUCUGUCUGAGGAUCGGAGACAAGUGACCCGUGGAUGCCCCCAGGAGAAUCUGGACAAUUCUUCUAAGAGAUUUAGUAUCUUACCCUGUAUUUUGGGCUGUGAAGGCUUCACUUCAGGAAAACAUUACUUUGAAGUGGAUGUGGGAGAAGGAACUGGGUGGGACUUAGGAGUCUGUCUGGACAGUGUUCACAGGGACAUUGGUUUGAUGCAAAAGCCUCAGUCUGGAUUCUGGGCCAUUAGACUGUGCAAAAAGAAAGGCUACUUAGCACUUACCUAUCCCAUAACUUCCCUUUCUCUGGCAGAGCAGCCUCUGGUUGUGGGUAUUUUUCUGGACUGUGAUGUCGGACUUGUAUCCUUUUACAACAUGACCACUGGAUCCCACAUCUUUACCUUCCCAAAGGCCUCCUUCUCUGAUACUGUCCGGCCCUAUUUCCGGGUUUAUCAACAUUCUCCUUUGUUCCUGCCUCCCCCAGAUGAGUAAGGAAAGAAUUAAAAUCUCCUUCUUGGUUUAACUAGCAUAGAAAAUAUAAUGUCAAUCCUGUGGGGGCAGAAAUCUGGUCUGUUUUCUUCACUUCUUGUACUCAGAACAGUGCUGGGCUUUUAGUGGCUACAUAAUAAAUCUUCUUUGAAUGAAUGGAUAGAACAAUGGCAAAAAUACCACAGAUGGUCAGCCUGAGCUGGGGAAGCCAGAUAAUAGCAAUGAUCAUGCAUUGUCUUCUCCACCCCCCCAAGCCCCUCAGUGGGUUCAGAGCUUGGAUUUCCAAGAGUUUUUGGGUGACCUGCAGGGUGACCUGGAGAUCACGAUGUCUGAGUUCUCCCAGUUUGUUCGAUGCCAUAGGAACUCAUGGGUGGGGGGUGAGGGAAAUUGCGGUUGUCUCUACCAGCUGUGAGAAAAAGCAGGAGAGCCAACAUAGUGACUCUUCCAACCUCUAGCAUAGCUCCGAUGAUGCAGUGAGGACAGAUGCCUUCCAGACCUGGUGAGCUCUGCCUAUUGCAAUAACACGUCACAUGUGAAAGAGGAGUUGAAAUUGGCUUACAGGGGUAUGUUUCAAAUGGGAAGGAAAUUCAGAAUAAUAACAGAUUUUCUUGGGGGACUUGGUACUGGAAAAGAAGUCGAUAUUUUCCAGACUGUGCCAAGCCAGCUAUCUUGAAAUAGUUUAAGAUCUCAGCAAAUAGUUACCGUUGGCAUGAUUGUUGGCAGACUUUGUUAUGAGUCUUCUAUGAUCAAAUAGACCUUAGCUCUAGCUGGGUCAAUUUUGAAGAGAACAUUCCAUGUUCAACCUAAAUUAUCAUGGCUGAGUUGACUAAUGGCACGAUCAUGGUAAAGUCAGCCAAGCCACAAACAACGUAAAUGAUUGAGGUGUGAUGGCUGGGUCUUUAGAAGCUGUCCUAGAUUCUACAGAUGGUGGAAGUGUGGCUAACAGGAAGCUGGCAAAUUUGUGGAGGUGCCAUACCAGCCCUGGAUUCUAUGGAUUUCCUGGACUUUCUACAUUUUCUGGACUGUCGACAUGGGAGAGAUAUGAACUUGCUUCAGCCACUAUCAUUUUGGGUUUUCUGUUCAAUGGAAACUAAUCCAAUCUUCCAGGACACAGUGAGUUGCUAUUCCUUUAAAAAAAAAAAAAAAAAAAAGUAGCCAUAAAAUCAUCUACUCCUUAUUUGUUUUGUUUCCAUGUUUUUAACUGGCAUUCUGUAACUUGCUGAACUUUAUUUGUAUGUAUGGGUUUGUUUAGAUUUUCAUUUCUUCUUGAAUCAGUCAGUUCAUUCAGUUUCGUUUAAAAAGCAAUUUAUCAAAGUUUUCAAAUGUAUUUGCACAUAAUUCUUCAAAUUGCUCUCAAAACUAAUAUUUCCUGUCUAUGCUCUUUCAGACUUCCAUUUUAUUUCCUGUUUUCUUUUUUAAAAAAACCUCUAUUACAGUAGCUAAUGUUUGUCUAAUAUAGUAGCAUUUCUUCCUGUUAAGGACUAGCAGAACUUAUCUUUUGUUCUAUAACUUGCUUACACUCCAGUUUCUCAUUGUAUCUUAAUUUUCCUUAUGAUUUACAAAGGUUUAUUUUGUUAAUAAAAAACAUUUUUUUUAGUUGAA